AGCAUUAUUCCUUUACCCUCUCCGUGGAUCUCUUUCAGAGCUCACGAUGCCGCAGAAGUUCCGCCAAAGAGGCAAGAAGAAGAAGGCCGGUGAUAAGCAGCAGCAGCAGUACGAGGCCGAUGCAGCUGGACCUUCCUACUCUAGGAGGGACCGAGACGGGGACGAUGGCGACACGUACACUCGGAAAUCGAGGACCUCUAUCCGCCAGCGAGAAGGAUUCGGGAACAGCAACUUGAUUCCUCUUGGCGGUGGAGGGGGCGAUGCAGGUGAUGUAGAGGACCUCUCCUACCCUCAAGAGGGGGAGCCAGUGGAAGGGAAUGCUCCGCCAGCACAUAUCCCCGUUGAUCUGGGCGGGAACCUCGAAGCUGAGGCAUCAGCCCACGAUCUCGACGUUGCUCCCUUUGGUUUUGUCCCUGCGGAGCUCAAGGCAUACCUCAAGGACGCAUCCACGAAUCUUGCACAUCUCGAUGCUGAUUUGAGACGGGGGAGGUAUGAAUACGAGGGUGAGGAGGACAAUGGAGAAGAAGAGGGAGAUGGAGAGGAAGGGCAAGCUGAUUUACUCAGACAGGCUAUGCUCCGGGAGGUCAGUGGACAAGAGUUGACUGUUGCUACUGAUGGAGAGUGUAGUGUUGCCUUGGAGACGAUUAUUGAUGGGCUCAAGGGGAGGAGGGUGAGGAUAUUGGCGGACAGGGCAUCGGGAAGCUGUGCCACAUUGGCCAAGCAUCGCUUCGGCUCUCACGUUCUACAAGCCAUCCUCAGAGGCCUACAACGGGACCUCGUCCGCUCCACCAAGGGCAAGGCUCGUCAGGCCAGCGACGACGAAACCGGCGUGCUUCGAUCUUCUGAGCAGCUCAUUCUCGAUUUCUCAGCUGAGCUGGUGCCACAGAGCACCACGCUUCUGCAAGACACUUUCGGCACCCACGUCGUGCGGACCAUGCUACAGCUGCUGGCGGGACAGGAUGUGGUCACGGGGUCAAGGUCGAAGAAGAGCGCUGCUUUCAGGAGCAAGGCGCAGGCGGCUGCAGAGGGGGAGGAAGGCAGCAGUACGACAGCCUCUAAGCCGGCACUAGCAGAGCCGCUCAAGAUCAAAGUCCCAGCAAGUUUCGCUACAGCGUUGGAGUCUCUGCGCCGGGCUUGUGUGCCACUAGACGUGACGGGACGCAAUGAGGCGCGAGCUCUCCUUGUCUCUCCGUCUGCCUCACCAACUUUUGCCCUCCUACUUUCACUCGAAGCUGCAGCACGAGAGUCUGCCAAGCCUGGUUCUCUAGCAGAUGUCGUCCUAGAAGGUCUCAUCUCUGCCGAGGCAGGGAAGCCCGAAAGUGAAGGCGAAGGUGAAGCAACUGCCGAGUCUAGCGAUGGAGUCGAAACUUUACUCCGUCAUCCCUCCGGCUCUCACUCCCUCGAAGCCAUUCUCUCGCGACUGCCAAGCAGGUACGUCGACCGCUUCUGGUCCAUCUACAUCCGCGGCAAGGUCAGCAGGCUGGCCUGCCACCCUGUGGGCAAUUUCGUCCAGGCUUCAGCAGUGAGAAGGCUGGGACGUCCGCUGGUGCAGGAGGCGCUCGAGGAGAUCAAGGUGGACGAGGGCGGUAAGAUGGUCAAGGAAGCCAAGACUGGCGUUCUCCUCGCGCUCAUGGAGAGGGCGGCUGUCCUAUCGAGCGACGAGGAGACGACUCUUGAAGCGUUGGCAUUAAAUGCUGUCCUGGCCACCUUCGGCUUUGGGCAGAAUGCAAAGACAGACGAGGCAGAGGCGGGUCUUGCUCUUAAGGCUAUCUUAUCCCUCAAGAGCAAAGAUGGCUGGCAGAAGAUGAUGCGCCGCCGUGCGGAGAAGGCCGCAAAGCAGGCUGCUAGCGCAACAGCUGCUACUGUGGAGGGCCAAGCAGAUCAGGAAGAUGGCUCGCGCAAGAAGCGCAAGAGGGCAGACGAGGAAGAGGAGGAAGAGGGAAAGCUUCGCCAGGAGGAGGCCACUGUGCAGGGUAGCGUUCUCCUGCAGGCUCUCGUGCGGUUGAGAGAACCUCACAACGGCAUUGUGUACAAGGGUCUGUCCUCUUUCCCGAGCCCGCUCCCCUACGCCUCUAAUCCCAUCGCCUCCCACAUCUACCUCACCUCCCUCUCCUCUCCCACUUCCUCCUUCGUGCAACGUCGUCGACUUCUUCUCUCCCUCCUCCCGCACCUCCCAGCUCUCGCAGACGACAAGUACGCCUCGCGUCUGUCGGAUGCAGUUUGGGAUCGUGCGGAUGGAUUUAUGAGGGAGAAGAUUGUCAGAGAGGUGUUGCUGGAGAGGGGAGAGGCGGUCAAGGCUAGGCUCAAGGCGGAGGCGGAGGCACAAGCCGAAGCUGGAGCCACGACUGGAGCUGCGAAUGGAGGAAGUGGUGGUACUGGGAAGCGGAUCCCAACAGAGACGUUCCUUAGCGGGUCAUUCUACGGACGCUUCUUCCUCCGCCGAGUAGGACUGGCCAUGUACCGCAAGGAUAUCUGGAAGUGGAAGGACUGGGCAAAAGCUCUGCCUGCUGUUCCACUUGCAGACAGGCUCGGUAGCGGUAGCGAUGACGCCGUACAAGAGGUUGAGGACGGAGAAGACGAUGUAGACACGACAGAGGGAGUGGGAGAGCGCAAUGGUGCCAAGAAGAGCAAGAAGGAGAAGAAGAAGAGGAAGGAGAGGACAAAGGAGGAGAAGGAGUUGGACAAUAUUCUUGCUGGCGUUUAA